UCAUUCAAAAUGCAACUUUGAAAUUGCGUAGGUGAUGGCAGAAAAUCCAUCAAGAAAUUACGUAAGGUGAUAGAAAGAAUCCUUCAGUAGGCUAAUCUUGACAGUUUUCAUUUUCGAUUGAGAAAGCGGCAGGCCCAAAGAGCACUACAGUAGCGCCUUGCGAGGUCGUAGAGCCGGUAACCCUCGUUCGCCUAAGAUCGAAAAUGCUCUGUCUUUGAGGAAAAAGAGAUAUAGAUAGUGUUCCAGGAUUUCAUUGUUUUGAGUCUUUACUUAACUCGACCGCCUUUCGACUCCCAUGCUUUUCUUUGGUCAACAACCAAGCACAUUUCACAAGAGUUCUUCACAACUCCUACAGGCUUGACGGAGUUCAGAGUUCAGUCUGUCUGGAGGGAAUUAUUUUAGAUCAAUCACUAUGUUUAACAACGUUCGACGCAUCUCUUUAUUUGAUGAGAAGAGUCUUAACUCAACUUCGAGUGAUACAGCUUCUAUGUGGAAUGAUUUUCCAUCGGUCCCUUCUGACCUGCCACCCUUACCAGCCGACUCGGUUCCAUCUGUCCCCUCAUUACCUUCCAUAGCAAGUGAUGUUGAGGUGGAGCAGCCGGCUCCUUCUAAUUAUAAUUACGAGACUCAUGGUAUUGAUGAGGAUCAUCCGGGUCUUAACCCGGACAGUGAACGUAUAGUAGAGCUUCAAUCUGAUAUACACGAUAAAUUGGGAGAGUUGAUGACUAACAAGAGUGACCAAGACGUUCUGAGUGCGGCCGAAGCUUUACAUGGCGAAAGCAACAAUAUCCCUUUUCUGGAGCACCUGUUAGAUGAUUUGAACAAAAACGGAAUAGAAGGUGAAGCCUAUAAGGAUGCCCUGGAUCUAUCGAAUAGGUUGGGUAUAUUACCCGAUAAAGCAGCUUUGUGUGAUGCAGCGGAGCCAUGGCAAUUAGGAUUUCAAGACGCAGCAAGUCCUAUGAUGCAAGGAAUAAUCGAUUUACAUCACGAUAUCUUUUUCUUCCUCAUUCUGAUUUUGGUUUUCGUAUCACGGAUCUUGGUUCGCGCUUUAUGGCAUUUCCACUAUCAAAAAAACCCAAUCCCGCAAAGGAUUGUUCAUGGAACUACUAUCGAGAUUCUUCGGACCAUAUUUCCUAGUAUCAUCCCGAUGUUCAUUGCUAUACCAUCAUUUGCUCUGUUAUACUCAAUGGACGAGGUAGUAGUAGAUCCAGCCAUUACUAUCAAAGCUAUUGGACAUCAAUGGUAUCGGACUUAUGAGUAUUCAGACUAUAACAGUUCCGAUGAACAGUCACUCACUUUUGACAGUUAUACGAUUCCAGAAGAUGAUCUAGAAUUGGGUCAAUCACGUUUAUUAGAAGUGGACAAUAGAGUGGUUGUACCAGCCAAAACUCAUCUACGUAUUAUUGUAACACCUGCUGAUGUACCUCAUAGUUGGGCUGUACCUUCCUUAGGUGUCAAAUGUGAUGCUGUACCUGGUCGUUUAAAUCAGAUCUCUAUUUCGGUACAACGAGAAGGGGUUUACUAUGGUCAGUGCAGUGAGAUUUGUGGAACUAAUCAUGCCUUUACGCCUAUCGUCGUAGAAGCUGUUCCUAGUAAAGAUUAUGGUUCUCGGGUAUCCAAUCAAUUAAUCCCACAAACAACAGGGGAAGCUUAAGCGAAAAUGAAAGAGUAGGGUGAGGGAUAAGGGGGGAAGCCACUAAAUGGAAGGCUUCGCUCGCUCUAAGGCUCGUUUAGUAGACAGCGAGUGGAGUGCAUAAGCCCCUUUAGAGUUAGAGAUAGGGGCGAGUACUACACGAGCUCGUAAGUCAAGUACGGAACGAGCGGAGGAGAGCGACCUCAUCUUGCUUGCUUCUGGCGAAGCUUCUAGAAGGCCACCACUUCAUAGGAGCGAUAGCGAAGCCGUAUAAAGGCAAACAGCUCGUAUAGCUCGCAAUAGCGAGCCUACUUUUAGCUUUUUUUUUACUUUAC